CGCCGCCACCGCCUCGCGCGCCGUGACGCGGCGCUUGGCGUGGUGACGCGCAAAGUGUGUGCCCGCCAUAGCAAUCGCGGCCGCCGCGGUGUGUGCGGGGCCGAGCGCGGGGGCUGGCGGCAGCGGCGGCGACCCGGCGGGGGCAUCGGGCAGGCUAAGCCAUGACUUCAGGAUCUGGGCAUGUGGACUCCAAGGCUGAGCUCACUGCUUUGCUUGAGCAAUGGGAGAAAGAACAUGGCAGUGGGCAAGACAUGGUCCCUAUCCUCACCAGAAUGUCUGAGCUGAUUGAGAAGGAGACUGAAGAGUACCGCAAAGGAGAUCCAGACCCAUUUGAUGACCGACAUCCAGGUCGAGCAGACCCAGAGUGCAUGCUUGGUCACUUGCUAAGGAUACUUUUCAAGAAUGAUGAUUUCAUGAAUGCGCUAGUGAAUGCUUAUGUGAUGACAAGCAGAGAACCUCCACUAAACACUGCUGCCUGUCGACUUCUUCUGGACAUCAUGCCGGGCCUGGAAACUGCUGUUGUCUUUCAGGAAAAGGAAGGCAUAGUUGAAAAUCUCUUUAAGUGGGCGCGAGAGGCUGAUCAGCCAUUGAGGACGUAUGCAACAGGGCUGUUGGGAGGAGCAAUGGAAAACCAAGAUAUUGCUGCAAAUUACAGGGAUGAGAACUCACAAUUGGUGGCUUUGGUGCUUCGGCGGCUGCGAGAGUUACAGGUUACCGAAAUGACUACGAAACAAGAAAACAAGCGUCCCAGUCCUCGGAAAGUGCCGUCAGAUCCUCUGCUGCCUCUGGAUGAAGAGGCUGUGGAUAUGGAUUAUGGGGAGAUGGCAGUAGAUGGAGAGCAAGAGGAAGUUGCUGGGGAUAUGGAGAUCUCCUUUCAUCUUGAUUCAAGUCACAAGACCAGUAGCAGAGUAAACUCUGCCACAAAACUAGAUGAUGGGGGACUGAGGAAAAGCAAAUCAGGGAAACAACAUGAAAGAGACGGCUUCCGGAAGGCCAAGCAAAAGCUGGGCUUCUCCACCUCAGAACCAGAGCGGAUGUUUGUUGAACUGUCCAACAGCAGCUGGUCAGAAAUGUCCCCGUGGGUGAUUGGCACUAAUUAUACACUUUACCCUUUGACUCCUGCCAUAGAGCAGAGGCUUAUUCUUCAGUACCUGACUCCCUUAGGGGAGUACCAAGAGCUGCUGCCCAUCUUUAUGCAACUCGGAUCAAGAGAGCUGAUGAUGUACUACAUUGAUUUGAAGCGAACCAAUGACGUGCUGCUCACUUUUGAAGCCCUUAAGCAUUUGGCAUCGUUGCUGCUGCACAACAAGUUUGCGACGGAGUUUGUUGCUCAUGGAGGAGUGCAAAAAUUGCUAGAGAUCCCACGUCCUUCUAUGGCAGCCACAGGGGUCUCCAUGUGCUUAUAUUAUUUGUCUUACAAUCAAGAUGCCAUGGAGAGGGUGUGCAUGCAUCCCCAUAACGUGCUCUCGGAUGUAGUGAACUACACCCUGUGGCUGAUGGAGUGCUCGCAUGCCUCCGGCUGCUGCCAUGCUACCAUGUUCUUCUCCAUUUGCUUCUCCUUCCGUGCUGUCCUGGAACUCUUUGACAGGCAUGAUGGCCUUCGUCGUCUGGUUAACCUGAUAAGCACUCUUGAGAUCUUAAACCUGGAAGACCAAGGAGCCCUGCUGAGUGACGAUGAGAUCUUUGCCAGUCGCCAGACUGGGAAACACACCUGCAUGGCCUUGCGAAGGUACUUUGAGGCUCACCUUGCCAUCAAACUUGAACAAGUGAAGCAGUCGCUUCAGCGCACUGAGGGUGGCAUUCUUGUCCAUCCGCAGCCCCCCUACAAGGCCUGUUCCUACACUCACGAGCAGAUUGUAGAGAUGAUGGAGUUCCUCAUUGAGUAUGGUCCAGCACAGCUCUACUGGGAGCCUGCAGAGGUCUUUCUCAAGUUGUCUUGCGUGCAGCUCAUGCUUCAGCUCAUUUCAAUAGCGUGCAACUGGAAGACGUACUAUGCAAGGAAUGACACAGUAAGAUAUGCUUUGGAUGUACUAGCUAUCCUGACUGUGGUUCCUAAAAUCCAGUUGCAGCUGGCAGAACCUGUGGAUGUAUUAGAUGAAGCCGGAUCUACUGUUUCUACUGUGGGUAUUAGCAUCAUCCUUGGAGUUGCUGAGGGUGAAUUUUUCAUCCAUGAUGCAGAGAUUCAGAAAUCAGCCCUUCAGAUCAUCAUCAACUGUGUAUGUGGCCCAGAUAACCGCAUCUCCAGUAUUGGCAAAUUCAUCUCUGGAACUCCUCGGCGAAAGCUUCCUCAGGCCCCCAAGAGCAGUGAGCACACGCUAGCUAAGAUGUGGAAUGUGGUACAGUCCAACAAUGGUAUCAAAGUGCUGCUGUCAUUGCUGUCCAUAAAAAUGCCAAUCACGGACGCAGAUCAGAUCCGAGCAUUAGCCUGCAAAGCCUUGGUGGGGCUCUCGCGCAGCAGUACUGUCCGGCAGAUCAUCAGCAAGCUCCCCCUCUUCAGCAGCUGUCAAAUUCAGCAGCUGAUGAAGGAGCCCGUGCUUCAGGACAAGCGCAGUGAACAUGUCAAAUUCUGCAAAUACGCUGCUGAGCUGAUAGAGCGUGUCUCAGGGAAGCCAUUGCUGAUUGGCACAGAUGUCUCCCUGGCUCGGUUGCAGAAAGCGGAUGUGGUGGCCCAGUCAAGGAUCACGUUUCCUGAGAAGGAGCUGCUGCUCCUGAUUCGGAACCAUCUCAUCUCUAAGGGCCUAGGAGAAACUGCGUCUGUCCUUACUAAAGAGGCUGACCUACCCAUGACUGCAGCAUCUCAUUCGUCUGCCUUCACCCCUGUUGCUGCUGCUGCCUCUCCUGUGGCCCUGCCUCGCACUCCUCGUAUAGCUAAUGGCAUUUCAGCCCGUUUGGGUAGCCACACUUCUGUAGGUUCCACUGCCACCUCUGUCCAUGCUCAGGCAAGGCCAGCUGCAUCCCAAGGUCCACUUGCCCUUCCAGGCCCUUCUUACGCCAGCAACUCUCCUCUGAUUGGCAGGAUUAGCUUUGUCCGGGAGAGGCCGUCUCCCUGCAACGGCAGAAAAAUCAGAGUGUUGCGACAAAAAUCGGACCAUGGCGCCUACAGCCAGAGCCCAGCUAUCAAAAAGCAGCUGGACAGACACCUUCCUUCCCCGCCCACGCUGGACAGUAUAAUCACAGAGUACCUUAGGGAGCAGCAUGCCCGCUGCAAGAACCCUGUCGCCACCUGCCCCCCUUUCUCUCUCUUUACUCCCCACCAGUGUCCUGAGCCAAAACAGAGGCGCCAAGCGCCAACUAACUUUACCUCACGGCUGACCCGCAGGGCAGCCUUUCCGAAGUACGGAGGGGUGGAUGGUGGCUGCUUUGAUAGACACCUAAUAUUUAGCAGGUUCCGUCCAAUUUCUGUGUUCCGGGAAGCAAAUGAGGAUGAAAGUGGCUUUACUUGUUGUGCAUUUUCUGCACGGGAACGAUUUUUAAUGCUGGGUACUUGCACAGGGCAGCUGAAACUCUACAAUGUGUUCAGUGGACAGGAAGAGGCCAGUUACAACUGCCAUAACUCUGCUAUCACGCACCUUGAGCCAUCCCGAGAUGGAUCUUUAUUGCUGACAUCUGCUACAUGGAGCCAACCUUUGUCUGCAUUGUGGGGGAUGAAGUCUGUCUUUGAUAUGAAGCAUUCCUUCCCUGAUGACCACUACGUGGAGUUCAGCAAGCACUCUCAGGACAGGGUCAUUGGCACAAAAGGAGACAUUGCACAUAUCUAUGAUAUUCAGACUGGCAACAAGCUAUUGACUCUGUUUAACCCAGAUCUUGCCAACAACUACAAGAAGAAUUGUGCCACCUUUAACCCCACUGAUGACCUUGUCCUAAAUGAUGGUGUCCUCUGGGAUGUCAGAUCGGCACAAGCCAUACACAAGUUUGACAAAUUCAACAUGACCAUCAGUGGUGUUUUCCAUCCCAAUGGGCUAGAGGUCAUAGUCAACACAGAAAUUUGGGACCUCCGAACUUUCCAUUUGCUACAUACGGUACCUGCACUGGAUCAGUGUCGUGUGGUCUUCAACUAUACCGGCACAGUUAUGUAUGGAGCUAUGUUGCAGGCAGAUGAUGAAGAUGACCUUCUGGAGGAGAGAAUGAGGAGUCCCUUUGGCUCUUCUUUCAGGACAUUCAAUGCAACUGAUUAUAAACCUAUAGCUACCAUAGAUGUAAAACGGAAUAUCUUUGACUUGUGCACGGACAGCAAGGAUUGCUAUCUGGCCGUUAUUGAGAAUCAAGGGAGCAUGGAUGCCAUGAACAUGGAUACGGUUUGCAGACUGUAUGAAGUGGGCAGGCAGCGUUUGGCAGAAGAUGAAGAGGAUGAAGAAGAAGAUCAGGAGGAAGAAGAGCAAGAGGAAGAGGAUGAUGAUGAAGAUGAUGAUGAUACAGAUGACCUUGAUGAACUAGAUACAGACCAGCUGCUGGAAGCUGAGCUGGAGGAGGAUGAGAACAAUGAGAACGCUGGUGAGGAUGGAGAAAAUGAUUUUUCUCCUUCUGAUGAUGAGGAGCUUGCCAACCUUCUGGAAGAGGGAGAUGAGGGUGAAGAUGAAGAUUCUGAUGCUGAUGAGGAAGUCGAGCUGAUUCUUGGAGACAUUAACUGCAGCAUCCAAUGAGUACACUUCAGAAAAAGAGCCAUCGUCACCUAAGCCGACAGCUCGGAUAACUCUGACUUGGAGGACGACAUCAUCUUGUCGCUGAACGAGUGAGGAGCAGUGGCCAGGCAGGGUGUUGGCAGGAGGAGGCGCUCCCUUCCCAGCAGACGACCGGAGACCAAAUCGGAAAUGGAUUGAGCACCCCAACCCCUUUCCUCCUGGGGAAACCUGAGGAACUCCAGCCCAUCCGCUGUGUUGGUUUGAGUCAGUCUGAGGCUCGGGGCUAAGCCCGAAGCUCUCCAAUAAAGAGACCUGGGGUUAGGCCUCUUUUCUCUCUGCCUUUUUUUUUUUUAAUUUUUUAUUUUAGGCUGAGAUGACUCUCCUCUUCAAGGAAACUUCUGAAGAUAUUUCACAAUAUAUUUUCUUUGUAUAAAGUUCUUUCCUAAAGAACAGAAAUAGUUUUAUAUAAAAACCAAAAAAAAAAAAAAAGGCAGGUGUUCUAGUAAAGAGGGGAUGAACUUUGUAUUCAUGUAGUACCUUGUUACCUUGGGGGUAGGUUCGGGGGAGAAAAAUUGUUUAAAAUUAAAAAAGAGGCAUUUUUAUGCAACUACUAAAUGAAAUAAGAGGAUCAUGAUUUCUAAAAUUGUUGAGGAGUGAGAAUAUUUUUAUUUUAAAUAUGAUUUUAUUUUUAAAAAAAGAAAAAAGAAAACAGGUGUUACCACCUGCUAGCAAGCCCAUGGGUUUCAGAUGCUUUGGCCCUCCAGGAAGGAGCCCUGGGGGUGUUAGUAACUGAACUUACAGGCUGUUUAAAGCAGAGAUUCUCGCUGUGAUACCAGUGGGCGGCUGAAAUCCCAGCUCGGCCUAGUCGGAGCCUGGUAUUCCUGGAGACGUGGGAAUUGGGGAUUGAAGUUUGAGCCCUCUUUCUCCCCUCCCCCCUUUGUGGUUCAAGUUUUUUAAUCUUUUUUUUUUCUUCUUCUUCCUUUUGCCCUCUGUGUGGAAACUGCAAAUUGAAGGCCUUUUUUUCUUUAAUGUAAAGUGUAUUUAUUAAAAAAUUAAAUACAA